AUGGUGCGGGGGCUCUGCGCCAGCCACGGGAACAGGCGGACUAUGCGCCAGUCUUUCUCUCGCACCAGCUGGCAUGAGCUCGCUGGCAAGUCUUCCAACACCCAGUGGGCCUACCGGCACAUCCUGCAGACCUACGGCACGGACCUGCAACACAGGGACCCCUCGAAGGUCUUCCUGACCGUGGGCGACGCGGACACCCUCUUCCAUCCGCAGUACCUCAGCGCCCUCUCCCUGCAGGCCCUCCAGAUGUCUGUGCAAGAACGUUCUUGGUCGUUCUGGCAGCCCCCAGUGUUCAUCAUGCGCAACCUCUUCUCCGUGCCAGGCCCGACGCGCGUGUCGAGCUACGCCACCGUGUCCUUCGAGCUCGGCGGCCUGGCGAACCAGAAGGUCGGCCACCACUUUUGCUACUCCUCCUACUCCACCACGCUCGCGCUGACCAUGCACCCCCUGGUGGACGGCUGGGACAGGGACGUCAUCGCGGAGGACCACCACAUGUUCUGCAAGGGCUUUUUCGCGGCGGUCCGGGAGUCCUUGUCGAAGCCCAAGGCGCCCGGCAUCCCCGCGCCGAAGCCGGAGGUGAGGCUGCAGCCCGUCUUCCUGCCCGCGCUGUCGUACCUCGUGGACGCUGGAGAGAGCAACACAGCUAAAGGCUGGCUCCGCUCCUGCCACGCGAGGUUCGUGCAGGCCCGUCGCCACUCGCAGGGCAUCGCGGAGCUCUCGUACGUGAUCCUGCAGUACGUGAGCCUGGUGCAGCGCGCUGGCUUCUGGAAGCUGCCGUUCCGCACCCACACGCAGGUCUGGGGCAUCAUGAGCAAGAUGGGCAUGGUGCACAUCAUCAGCCAGGUACACUCCUUCGCUCUCAUCAACACCUUCGUGUACAUGGCCAUCGAGGCGGUCCGGUGGGCCCUGGGCGGCGGGCUCUCCGUGCUCCUCGGGGACAUCGCCGCCAACGGGGCCAGCACCGCGCUGGCGUCCCAGUCGCUGGGCGGGAUUGGCUGGACAGGCAUCACGGCCAUUUUCGGCCCCGUGCCGCCGAUCGCCAUGCUGAUGGGCUGGGUCACCUACACCGUCGUCCGCGAUGUGGUCGAGGGCAGGCUCACGGAGGCGAUGCCAGCCGAGCGCGAGGGAGGCGAAGGCCCCCGCGCGCUGGUGCCCGUGGUGCCGGACGUGGACGGCUCCGCGCUCGCGGAGCCGGGAGCCAAGGUCGGAGACCUCGGUUGGAAGGCUAGGGCGCUCCUGUGCGUCCAGAUCCUGACCGACCACGUCAACUACGCGGAAAUCACGAUGUUCGGGUACGGCUUCAUCCCCGCGAUCCUCGCGGCCUGGUCGCUCAUGCGCCGCGGGACAGAAUUCGAGUACAUUGUUGCAGCCAAGCCCACUUGCUGA